GAGCCAUCAUAUAGCGUCCCAUCUAAAUCAUCCGCGCAUCUGGAUUCAGUCAUUCCAUAAGCAAGCAGCAGGUAGAGAAAUUGAUCGAUGGCCGGAGGCGGAGUAGAGUUGGUCACGAACGCAUGGAAGGAAUGGAGUCUCCAAGCGCUGGUGCUGCUAAGCUUAACGCUCCAGGUGACGCUCCUCAUCUUGGCGGAGUUCCGCCGGCACAUCGACUCCGGCGUGGUAAGGGCCUUCGUCUGGUCGGCGUACAUGCUGGCCGACACGACAGCGAUCUACGUGCUUGGGCACCUGUCCGUGCUGGCCAGCAGGUCGCCCGAGCACGAGCUCAUGGCGCUCUGGGGGCCGUUCCUGCUGGUGCACCUGGGUGGGCAGGACAACAUCACCGCCUACGCCCUCGAGGACAGGAAGCUGUGGCUGCGCCACCUGCAGACGCUCGUCGUGCAGGUGGCCGCAGCCGCGUACGUCGUCUACGUGUUCUCCGUCGUCGUCGCCGUCGCCGGCGACAGCCGUUCUCUGCUCCUGCCGGCGACCAUCCUCGUGUCUUUGGUCGGUGUCGUCAAGUACGGGGAAAGAGUGUGGGCGCUCAGGUUCGACGGUUGCAAGCCAACUGAAGGGUAUGACGAUAUAAAUUACGAUGGUCCUCCAGGAGAGUCUCAGAAGUUUCUGGAUAGCCCAGCUUUCACAGAUCGCUCGGAUGCAGAAGCCUUCCUACUAAAAGCUCACCUGCUCAUGGAUUUUGCCAAGGGGUUCUUCAAAUGGGGGCCUUUAUCUGAUCUACCUGUGAGAAUGACUCCAGCAUCAGCGUUGGAUACGCGGCCGCAACAGGAGGAAGUAUUCAAGGUGGUCGAGAUGCAGCUCUCCCUCAUCCACGAUCUUUUCUACACCAAGGCGGAGGUCACGCACACUUGGUACGGCCUCUGCCUCCGUCUACUCUCGUCGCUGGCCAUCGGCGUCGCCUUCUUGCUGUUCAAUAUACUGCUCUUGUUCGACGGCCAUCGUCGUAAGCUCAAGGGCGGUUACAGUUGCAGCAGGGUAGAUGUCGUUGUCACCUACGUCCUCUUCGUUGGGGCCGUCGUCCUGGAGACUACGUCGCUUCUCAGGGCCAUGCUCUCGAGCUGGACAUUUGCUCUGCUUGUACAAUGGUGUACGGACAUGGACAGCGGACUGGGCGACGAGAUUACCAAUGCACAACGGCUAGGGAUUGCUGUGCGCACUUUCCUUGCCCGUGUGCUUGUGUCUCUUCGCCGGCUGGUCCGUGCGGCGGACCGGAGACGGAGGCGCAGCUGGUCACGCUCCAUGGGCCAGCAGAACCUGAUCCGGCUGUGCACGCGCAGCAGGGCCAGCCGGAGCAGCAGGGUGGCAAGGUGGAUGGGGGUCGAAGACCGGUGGAACACCUGGGCCUACUCGUGGUCCGUCCCUGUCUCGGAGUGCGUCAGGCGGCAGUUGCUGAAGAGCAUCGAGCAGCUGCAGGAGGAUAGCGUAGCGGAGAUCUCCGGCCAUAUCGACGCAGGGGAGUAUAACAAGGGCGCGGACCUAGAGGCGAGGCAAUGGGGUCGUAGCGCGCUCAAGCGCAGGAGACUGCACAAGAGGCUGGCGUGGAGUGUGGAGCUCAAGAUGGAGGAGAGCAUCCUCGUCUGGCACAUCGCCACCGACGUCUACCUGCAGCGGCGGCGCAAGGCGGAUGAGGAGGAGGAGCAAGCGGCGGAGCUCGCCGAGGCGGCCCGGGCGCUCUCCAACUACAUGCUCUUCCUGCUGGCGGCGCAGCCGGAGAUGCUGCCUCCGAGUGCCAGCCGCGACCCGUACGUGUACGCGUGCUACGAUAUUCUCCAGCUCGCUGGUCUGGACUGCAGCUCGGAUGAACAGGUGCUCUGCUUGCUAGGACGCUACGCAGAAGAUGACCAGCCCGAGGUCCCCUGUGACUUCAACAAAACGCUGCGCCAAGCCGCCAAGGAUGCAGGCUGGGCGCGUUCCUCAUCGGCCUUCAGCAGCAAGGCUCGCCUGGAGCUGCUGGUGACACGCUAGAGAUGAUCUGCCAGGUAUGGGCGGAUAUGCUGUGCUACGCGGGGCACGGAUGCGGUGCACAGUCGCAUGCCAAGCAGCUCAGCCGCGGCGGCGAGCUCCUCACGGUUGCUGCGCUUGUAGCGAAAUACGCGGCAUCGCAGGAAUUGGACAAUGAUUACGAUGAUUAGAGCAUCUCCAAGAGACUCUAUAUAUUAUGUUAGUUAAAUUUGGAUAUUGUACUCCUUCAUAAAAAUAGAAAACCAUCUAAUUCUAUGGGGUAGUCCAAGAG